ACGAACAACGCUAACAAAAGCGCAUGCGCAACUAUGAUCGCAUGAAGAUACAAAACGCGGCAUACAGGAAAGUGAAGACGUGAACAGCAAAAAUAAAAAUUUAAUUGCGCUUACUAUAUAGUUAACCAACCAGCGUAAAAUCGAACGCGAAAAGUAAACACGGCCGAUGAAACGAAAGCAAAAGUGAAAUAUUACAAAGAAAAAACCACAACAUCAAAAAAAAAUAAAACUACAAACAAUAAUCGCAUUGUCUGUUAAGUGUUACGUGAACAACGCUUGUACGGCUACGGCUCGCUUCCGGCAUGCGGGCUUUUUUGGUAGAAUACAUAUAAUGCAAACUUAAAAUCAUAUGUGGUACGUGGUAUGUGAAAAUGAGGGAAAAACCCGCCGGUGUACUUAAUAAAUAAAAUUAUGAAAGUGAAAACUUUUCAAGAAAUUGCUCUUACAUAUGCGGAAAAUUGCGAUUGACUAAUCGGUUCCAGUGGUACGCAGUGGUUUAUCGUUUAGUGAUAUUGAAAAAGCAAAAGCCUCCGCGCUCAACAAAAAGGGGAAAUAUUGUGACCAGAAAGAAGUAUAACAGCACAAAAAUACCAUUGAAAUCGGAUUUAUGUGACUUAUUUAGCAACACACCGAACUCCUUGCCACCAGAAGCUAUACAAAUCAACAUAAUCCACUCAGGACGCCAAGGCAGCCAAGGAAUGCUGUGACUUUGCAUAAUCAGGAAAAAUUAAAUUUGCGCUAAGGACAGCAGAAGGUACGAGAGAGUAGAGCAGCGCUUGGAAGAGUAUCCAACAAAAAGCAAUGCAAAUACGCCUCGAGCAGACAAAUAAAACUUAGCGCAAAUAUACCAAGCUUGAGGGAGAAUCAACUAAAGUAUUUAUUGUCCCAGAUGAGCACGUGAGAAUUGUCAAGAAAUCGUAGCAGAAGUGAAAGAAGCAAGUUUUGUGGAGAGGUAGGUGGUGCACAAAUCGUUGCAACUUAAACGCUAAUGCAAAUACGACGCUUCGUAUUUGAAAGUAAGAUUCCCAAGGACUAGCCGCGGAUAACAAGAAAAAUUGCAAUUUUUCUACAUUCGUAAGAUAUGAUACACUCAAGUGGCGCCGCAUGAAUGCUAGUGUGUGCAUACAUAGACAUACAUACAAAAAAAAAAACAAAAAAAAAACGAGGUGAGGUGACAAGUAGCAACGCGCGCUGCAGACACACAACCCGCACUCUACCCAUUCCGCCGCCCGCGACCUCCAUUGGCAACUUAUAAGCACAUUAGUUAAAGACUAUCAACUCUUGUCUCAGUGCAAUUGCAAUUGCUGUUGGCUUAUGUUUAUGAAUUGCUGACGUUGGCAACAUUGACAUUUGCUGCAACACAUUUGCAACAACAUCAACAAAAUAAAAUACAUACUUAUAAAAAGUGUUAGGCAACAUAAGCAGCGUCAGACGACAAGUGCGAAUAGCUUUGGCGCGUGCUACGAUACGCUUGAGGCGAAUAUUUAGAAGAAAGCAGCGCACUUCAAGGCGAGUGAGUCGAGAUUAGCGCGGGUAGAGUGGCAAGAAGUUGCUGCUGUCUGAUUGCCUGGAAUAAUUCAAAGUCAAGUGGUGACAAGUGUUGCAUGACAAAUUUGCUAGUCUGCAUAGCAUAUCGUAAGUAAGUAGCAAGAAGGUUUUGCUGAAUAUGUUCUUCCCACCACCGAAAUGUAUGCAACAAAUUGCAACUCUAAUUAUAACAUUUGCCGUAUACGUGGCGGGCAUACGUAAUGCGGGCAGCAGUGGCGGUGGUGAUGGUGGAGGUGGUACGUCUAGCAGCAACACGGAAAAUGCUUUGGGUAGCAGCAACGUGGGAGCUAUCGCUGAUUAUGCGAGUUACUCGGCGGCAUACAAUGAGGAUUUUCGUCCCUCACAACUCCUCUCCGAGGUAACAGAAGUAAUGUCCACUACAAGCGGCAAUGUAGAGCGGCGCCAGUCUAACGGUGACAGUGGCAACUUUCGACCAUCGCAAAUUAUUUCCUUUACAUCCUCAGAUGCCCAAUCAAUGCCGAAAAAAUAUCCACCCAGUUAUCUUGAGCCGAACUAUCGUCCACAGCGCAUCAGUAAUGGUGGACCAUAUGGUUUAGUCUCCUACAAUAAAGAGGAAAAGCAGUUCAGCUUUCCACAUGAAAAGGAGCAAGCAGCAGCUGCUUCAGCCUUACCUAACACAAACUCAAAUAUACAAAGGUACUUGUACAGCAGUGCAACGCAGCCACAGUCGGUCACGCAGCAGUCGCUUGUACCUGCGCAAUUACACACUACACCCAUACUCAUCUAUCGUGACCCUUACACUAAUAAGAUCAACACUAGCCAGCGGCAGCUGGACUAUCGCCCCCCAGCACCCGAGCCGAUAUACCAAGCACAGUAUACACAAGCUGGCAGACCACAGGAGUAUACAGUGCAAUCCAUGUUGGUUGUGGGUGCAGCACAACGCCCACCAGCCAUUUACAAUCAGCAGAGGCCACAGUAUGUGUUGGAAGGAGGAGAACACAAGCGACCGGGUUACGUGUUUGAUGAGCAAUCCAGUACGUCUUACAGCCAACCCGUAUAUAGUAAUAGAUAUGAGCCGGUAGCGAGCGCAGCGCCCCCACCACCAACCAACGAUUACAAUCGACGUGAUGGUGAUACACAAACUGAACGUCCCUUCAAGGGAAAACUGGGUGUAUCGACAACUGCGAGUACUAAGAUUUCUUACGAUUCACAUGAUUACCCACCGCCCAGCUAUUAUAAACAGCAAACAUCGAAUUUCCAAUCACCGCAACGACAAGAAGACAACCCAGCAAAUUACCAGCAACAAUCAGCAUAUGCACCGGCACCAGCGCCAGUACAGACAGCAGCAACAACAACGGCGACUACGACGACGAAGGGAGCGAUAAUAUUCGGCAGACCAGAGCUGACGUCUUCUAAUUAUGCAAACAAGUUUGGUAAUUAUUUGCAAGGCGUUGGCGGGGGCAAGGCAGGUGAUGCUGGCUAUUACAAACGUCCACCGCCGCACUAUAGCAAUGAUAUUUUGUAUGUUACGCCACGUCCACCCGCACUACCAGCGGCGCCAGUACGACCAGCACCACCUUACUUUCCACAAGGCAAUGAACCGAUAAGACGUCCACCACCGCCCAACAGUAAUUAUUAUCAGUAUCAAUUGGGAGAAAUACCACCACCACCAGCACAACAGUCGUUGGUGGGAAGUGGAGAAAGGCAACCACCUGGGCAGUACUAUCCAACAUCACAGUUUUACCCAGCGCAGCAGCAGCAAUACCAACCUCAACAGAGUUACCAACCUACGCAGAAUUUCCCUCCAUCACAGUACUACCCGUCACCGCCUAAUUACCGUCCACCGCCGCCACCGCAGUACCAGCCGCAGCAGCCCUCAUCUGGUGGUGGUGGUGGGUUAGCUACUUUGGCCUCACUCUUCAGCGGUACACAACAGUACGCACCACAGUUCACCAGCCUACUUUUAGGCGGCAAUGGCGGUGGUGGUGGGCUCCUGCAUGCCUUAACUGGUACGCGUCCACUGGGUGCAGCUGGGGGAGGACGUCCACCGAACAUGCAACUCAUAAAAGCUUUAGAGAAUAUUGCACGCAAUGAUGACUUGGAAUGUGUACCCAAGGUGCUGUGCAAUAUGAUUGCUAGUCAAACACAACGUGGACAAUUGCCUGACUUCAUUACGUCGCCGGCAAUAACGAACUUCCUUUCAGGCUUUCCAGCGCAGUCGCCAGCGCUCAUUUACGGACGUGCAGCGCUGCUAGGGGUCAGCGGUGGCGAGCGCAGCUGUACGCAAACUUAUGCCAAGUGUCCGAAGAAUGAGUACGAAAUACUCUAUUACCUGAACAAUCACCGUGGCGGCUUCUUUAAGUUCUUCAGCGAAUCGGAGGAACCAAAUACCAGCGCUGUACAGCAGUCCCAACAAACGCAAACUCAAAGUGCGGGCAGCUCAGGUGGCACUUCGCUUUUCGGUUUACUUUCUGCGCUAACUGGCGGCAAUUCGCCGGUGACAACCACAACGCCACGUCCCACGUCCCCGCCUACGCUCGCGAGCUUUGAUAUUACCCAAGGCAUUGGCAAUUUCUUCAGCAAUAUACUUUCCGAAUAUAUAGGUGGCGUAGAGUUUCAGCGCAGAAGCAGUCGAGCUAAACGUGCGGUUGCCUUCGAGAAUGCGACGGAUGAUGAAGAAAGCGCACACGAUGACGCAGCGCGCAUUAAAUUUCCAGAAGAUGCAGAUUCGGAAGACUUUCACGACGAUGAGGAUGAUGAAGAUACACAAGGCGUGGUGGACUUUGAGGAUGAGAAUGCUAGCGUGCCGAAUGAGAGCGCAGAUUAUGGUGACUCGCAGGGGCGUGUAGUAUUCAAAAGCGGUGAACAUAGUCUACAUUUUUUUCCAGAAGGCAAUGGAGGCAUAGAUGACGAACGCCUCAAAGAUGUUUAUCUAGAAGAAGUGAUUAAGAAAUUUAAUGCUGAUAGGUUGGAGAAAAAAUUUAAAUUCCCCGCAAACGCAGACGCUAAUGUAGAAGAAAGUGGGGCUCAUGGUGAGACUGUAGACACACGCGGCGAAAAAUUGGUGCAUUUUGUUGAGGAAAAUGAGAGCCACAAUGGAUUAAGACCCACUAGUAUGGUAAGUUUUCCUGCGCCUGAAAACGCAGGCAGCCCACUGCAGUUUGAGGACAAACGCAAAAAGCACACGCGCCGCGGCAAGGCUAUCAUAUUCAAGGAAACCAAUGAGGCUAGCAGUAAUGCGCCUGAGCGCCAACCGCGUGAGGAGUACGAAGCAGCAGCAUACGAACCUGAAAGCGGCAACCGCGUACUAUUCCCCGAUCACUAUGAGAAGCACAUACGCAAGGGUAAAAUAUUAAACAGACCUAUAUUGUAUGCCUCCAACUAUGACGAUUAUAUGCCAAAUAUGGAUUCCGAUCAUUUUGUGGUAUCCGACAGUCAUCGGCCGGAAGAGAAUAAUGUCGCGAGCAAUGAAGAAAGUAGCGUAAAUUAUGACGACCACAAGCAAUUGGGACCCAUCUACUACAGUGAGUCCACAUCGUUGUCACAGCAGCACCAUAACGCACAGAGUACACUCGUGCAGGUGUAUAACGAUAAUAGGCAACAUUAUAAUCGCGGCGCUGAUACGUAUCCGGGUGGUACAAACAAUCGCUACAAGCCUGCGAGCUCAUCAACUUACUCCCACUCUUCCGCUGCUAAUUACAAUGACAAGCGUUACUCAUCUGGCAACACUUCCUCUGCUAAUAAGAGGCGUCCGUACUAUGGCGGUGCUUCUUCUUCUGCUUCGAAUAAUCACUAUGAUUACCCGAAUACGAAUUAUGUUAGCAAUAAUCGUUAUAGCAGUCGUUAUCAGACGACACGCUACACAACGACAACACGCUCGCCUCGCGGCAGUGAAAAUGAUCAUAAUAUUUAUGUGACAAAUGCUCAGGGUGUCACUACGCAUUACAUAACGCCAGAUGGGCGCAAGGUGUAUUUAUAAGAGACAUUAUAAAAAGAUAAAAAUUAAAUUUUGUUAUUAAUAUCUAAUAUGUAUAUUGGUUAGUGGCCUGAUUACUUACUUAACUAAUAGCAGGCAUAAUUUUGUAGUUAAGCAAAUUUAAGAAACUGGUUUUUAUAAACUAGAAAAAUAUACAUAUGUAUGUAUGUAUGUACAUUAGACUGCAUCUCCAAAAAA